AUGGCGCUCUCAAACUACAGCCGCUGGCUACCCGUACUGGCCCUUGUUCUUAUCUUCUACGCUGCCCCGACCCAUGCGUUUGGUGCUGGCAACAUCGCCGCAACUUCAGCCGUUGAGGGUCAGCGAUGGAGACACGGUGACAUCGAAGAUACCCUCCUCACCCUAUUGACCGCUCGAGCAUUCGGUGGGAAGAAGUUCAGCAAACUCGACGUCAAGCGAGUCUAUUUUGGAAACUGGCUCCGCGACUAUUCGCAAGCCGUCGAUGUCGGCACCGUCAAGUAUGUCUCCGCCGAAGCCGUUAGAAUUGUGCUUUGGGUGCUGGCAUUCAUGUCCUUUGGCUAUGGCACCGGCGAAUUCGAAGUUACACGGGACAGACUUGGCUGCUACCGGCCGGAGGAGCACAUCGACAACCCAAAAAACUACGCCGAUAAUUUGGACGCUCGUGACUACGACCGUCGUCUUCGAGGGCCAGUGGAUGACGACCGCGAGCUGAGCAUCGAUGAACGCACCGGCUUGAAACACUACAUCGCUAGCGAGGAUCAGGGAAUUACGACUUCGGCUGCCAUGGUUCGCGAGCUCUACACCAAGUGCAUCGAGCUCGGACGUCGCUACAAGCGCUCCAAUGAUGAGCGUGAUUUCCACGAGGCCUUGAGAUUGAUGGGAACCGCCAACCACUGUCUCGAAGACUUCUCCGCCCACAGUAACUAUGUUGAGCUGGCGCUGAUCGAGCUUGGUGAGAGCGGUGUCUUUCCUCAUGUGGGUCGCCAGACCAGGAUCCAGCUACGCGGAGCACGAGACGAAGUCUACCCCCUCGUCACCGGAACCUUUGGAGGUGUAGACUUUCUCCACUCCGUUAUGGGCGAAAUCAGCGAUAAGACGACUCAAAGUGAGCUUCAAGAGCUUGAAGGCACUAUCGACAACUCUCAACGUGCGGAUACGAGCAUGCUGAAGGAACUUCUUGACAAACUGCCUCCGGGUCUGCUCGGGGACACCGACCAGAAAGGAAAGGUCGAGAGCCUCCAGGCCAACGCUGCGGCUUCGCAAAUGCAGAACAUGCAAAUUUCACCCAAGGAUCCAGAGGAGUUCACCCAGCAAGUGGAGGCCUUGACCCAGCAGAUCUAUCCAGUGAUGGAGUUCCACGACUCCCUGAUGAAAUCCAUUACAGAGGYAAUCGACAAGAUCCCGGUCCUGCCUGAACUUAUCGAGGAGGUGCAAAACCAGAUUAGCAUCUUCGUUUUCUCCUUGCUAGCUCCAUUCAUCCUGCCCAUUAUCAAACAGCUAAAGGAGGAACUGGCGACUGGCUCUUCUGAGAUCAUUCAAUCCAGCAAAGACAAGCAGUUGAUUGUCUUCAACGAUGACUCGUGUUCGGAUCCUACCCACUCCAUGCUGAGCAAGGAUCACUUUUCCAACAUUCUGAAUGAACCGGCGGGCAAGAUUGCCAGCCAGGUUUUGAAGUGGACUAUUCCGCAGAUUGUGGCUGCCUGGGAUGAUGAUGAUGUUGACGUGCGUCGCACGACCGACCGUAUCAUCAAUGGAGUCUUCCAUCAUCCAGCUCUGAAAGACGAUGGAGAAGACGGCGCGAAUGAUGGCAGAGGUCUCAUGUUUAGCGUGGUCGAGCGCUGGUGGGAGGAGCAAGACGAUCGCCAAAAAGACGACUUGCGUGACAAGCUCAGCCGCGAGGGCGUUGAAGAGGGACGUAAUCACAAGGAGGGAGUGGAGGACACUGGACAUGGUUGCUGCAAACCCCUCGGGAUGCCCAACAUGAAGAGUUCGCAGAGCUCUGGAGCUAUUGGUGGAGUUUUGAGUGGGAUCAACCAAACUUUGAGUGGGAAGAACACUGGUGGGAGACAGAGCAACAAAGCUGCGAACGAAUUUGGCGAUUCUGUGGGUGAAGCGAUGGGUGGUGGAGCCCUGGGAUCGGUGGUGGGUGGUCUCGCAGGAGCUGUCGGCGCCGGUCUGCUCGGUGGUGCUUUUGGCGAUGACAAGUCGGAGAAGAAGACGUACAAGCACGACAGUUACGACGGUGACUCCCGCACCUCCAGGAUCACCGMGACUGGAUACCGCCCUGGCGGACGUGGCGACGAGGAGCGCUAUGGGCAAGCUGCAGUCACUCAAACCCAGUACAGCUCUGGCGGUUACCGAGAGGAGUACAAGCGGUUCGAGCAGGAUGGUAGCUCUGGCAGUACCGGCUACGGUUACCAGCAGACAACUGAAGUGCAACCAACUCAUGACGGUGGUUACGCUCAGCGUACUGAACGCCGAGUGGAGCAUCCAGGCGGACGCUAUGAGGAGGAGAUUCAAGAACAGCGUGUUUCCAGCUCUGGCAGGCAGUACAUGAACCAAGAAUCUCGCCAGGGCUACAAGCAAAAAGAUGGCAGUGACGAUGACGACGACAAUGACAAUGAUAGCAAUGACGAAGAGAAGAAGGAGAAGAAGCGCCGCAAGCAAGAGGAAAAGCGACGCAAGAAGCAGCGCGAGGAGGAAGAGUAUGGCGGUGGUCGUAGGAGCGGCAGCGGCGAGAGACGCAAGUCUCACUCUCGUGAGCGCCGCGGCUCUGGUGAGAAGCGCCACAGUGGUGGCGGAGGCUACGGUCGCCAGGAACAAAGCAAUUACGGACGCCAGGAGGAGCAGUCCGGCUAUGGCCGUCAAGAGCAGCAAUCCAGCUAUGGCCGUCAGGAGGAGCAAUCCAGCUAUGGUCGUCAAGAGGCGCAAUCUAGCUAUGGCCGUCGUGAGGAGUCCGGUUACGAACAGCAGUCAAGCUACGGUCGCCGCGAGCAGUCUGGAGACUACGAUGGAGGGAAUGAGCGCCAACAAGCUUCGUACGGUAACGACAACUAUGGUGGAGGUGGAUACCAGCAACGUGAGGAAUCUGGUGGUGACCGUGGUGGUCGCGAAGAAUACGGUGGAGGCGGAAACUAUGGACGUGGCGAAGGUGAUGAGUAYGGCAGCCGCCGUGGAGAGGACGAGAUGCCUGGUUCUUUUGGCGGCGGUGACGGCGGAUAUGGAGACGAGCGCGGAGAGCGGAGACGCUGGUAG